UCGGCUCUGGGGAGAGAUACAACCGCAAGACCCGCCUCUUGGGGAACUGACAGGCCUCGCCCCUUGGCUGUGCAAACGCAGCGCUCGUGCCAUAAAACAGGGAAGCUGCAGCGCCGGCUUUGCAAACUCCGUCCGGCUGCGUAAUUGCAAAGUGGGUUUAAAGCUCGUGCGCUUUUACGCUCAACUUUGCGCCACUUCGGGAAGGAUUUCGCUGGUUGACAUCGGGGCAGGAGGAGCAUCGAUGGCGCCCCCGGAGCUGUACCACAAAGAGUUCGCCAGUGCGGGCCAGCGGGCUGGGCUGCAGAUCUGGCGGAUCGAGAAACUGGAUCUGGUGCCGGUGCCCGAACCGUUGCACGGCAACUUCUACGUGGGCGACGCCUACUUGGUGCUGCACACGGUCAAGAGGAGCAACGCCACCUUCUACAAUCUGCACUACUGGCUAGGAAAAGAGUGCAGUCAGGAUGAAAGUACCGCAGCAGCUAUCUUUACGGUUCAGAUGGAUGAUUAUCUUGGAGGAAAGCCUGUUCAGCAUCGGGAAAUCCAGGGAUAUGAGUCUACGCAAUUCGUUGGAUAUUUCAAAGGCGGCAUAAAGUAUAAGGCAGGUGGUGUUGCCUCGGGCUUUAAUCACGUCAUCACCAAUGACCUCAGCGCACGAAGACUUCUGCAUAUCAAAGGCCGGAGAGUGAUUAGAGCCACAGAAGUUCCCCUUAGCUGGGACAGUUUCAACAAAGGAGACUGCUUCAUUGUUGAUCUUGGAACGGAGAUCUACCAGUGGUGUGGCUCCACGUGCAAUAAAUUUGAGCGCCUGAAAGCUACUCAGGUUGCUGUGGGCAUUCGGGACAAUGAACGGAAUGGAAGAGCUCAGUUGAUUGCUGUGGAUGAAGGAAGUGAGCCCAAAGAACUCCUAAAGGUCUUGGGACGGAAACCAGAACUUUGUGAGGGUGAUGAUAACGAUGAUGAGGCUGCCGAUAUUACCAACAGGAAAAGUGCCAAACUCUACAUGGUAUCGGACGCCAGUGGAUCCAUGAAGGUUUCGAUUGUUGCAGAGGAGAAUCCUUUCUUGAGGGCAAUGCUUUUGUCUGAAGAGUGCUUUAUACUGGAUCACGGGGUAGCUAGGAAGAUAUUUGUGUGGAAAGGUAAGAAUGCUAAUCCAAGUGAGAGAAAAGCAGCCAUGAAAUCGGCCGAAGAAUUCAUUCAGCAAAUGAAUUAUCCUGCCAGCACUCAGAUUCAGGUUCUUCCAGAAGGAGGUGAAACACCGAUCUUCAAGCAGUUCUUUAGAGACUGGAAAGAUAAGGAUCAAAGCGAUGGCUUCGGAAAAGUGUACGUCACAGAGAGAGUGGCGAGGAUUGAGCAGGUUGAGUUUGACGCUACCAAGUUGCACGAGUCUCCGCAGAUGGCAGCCCAGCACAACAUGGUCGACGAUGGCUCUGGAAAAGUGGAGAUUUGGCGCGUUGAAAGCAAUGGCAGAAUCCCUGUAGAACCUCAGAGCUACGGGCAGUUUUAUGGUGGAGAUUGCUACAUCAUACUGUACACCUAUCCCAAAGGACAGAUAAUCUACACGUGGCAAGGAGCUCAUGCCACCCUAGAUGAGUUGACUACUUCAGCGUUCUUGACAGUUCAGCUCGACCGGUCACUAGACGGGCACGCAGUCCAGAUCAGAGUCAGCCAAGGCAAGGAGCCUCUGCACUUGUUGAGUCUGUUCAAAGACAAGCCGCUCAUUGUUUACAAGGAUGGGACAUCCAAGAAAGGCGGACAGAAGCCUGCUGCUCCAACACGCUUGUUCCAAAUCCGCAGGAACCUAGCAUCCAUCACCAGGAUUGUCGAGGUUGAUGCGGAUGCCACUUCGUUGAAUUCCAAUGAUGUUUUUGUUUUGAAACUGCCAAGUAAUGCUGGGUAUACCUGGAUUGGGAAAGGAGCAAGCAGAGAAGAAGAGAAGGGGGCGCAGUAUGUAGCUGGUGUCCUCAGGUGCCAAACCUCAAGGAUUGAAGAAGGCCAGGAACCAGAGCCAUUUUGGAGUGCCCUUGGUGGAAAGAAAGAAUACCAGACAUCUGCACAGUUACUGACUGAGUCCGAAGACCAUCCUCCACGUCUUUAUGGCUGUUCUAAUAAGACCGGCAGGUUUAUAAUUGAGGAGGUUCCUGGAGAAUUCACUCAGGAGGACUUGGCUGAAGAUGACGUCAUGCUGCUAGAUACUUGGGAUCAGGUAUUUCUCUGGAUUGGUAAGGAUGCAAAUGAAACGGAACGCACUGAAUCAAUUAAAUCAGCCAAACGCUACAUUGAGACUGAUCCUUCUGGGCGAGAUAAAGGGACUCCACUUGUUAUUGUGAAGCAAGGUUAUGAACCCCCCACAUUCACAGGCUGGUUCUUGGGCUGGGAUUACAACAAAUGGAAAAACUGAAGCUUCAACUGCAGAAGAGAUAUCCCAGGACAGCCAUUCUCUGGCAGCUUUAAGGAUGUGUUUGCAAAUCACUGUAUACGUUGCUGCUGUUGUGGUCCAUGUGCCAAUUGUGUGUGUGUGUGUGUGUGUGUGUACAGCACAGAGGUUGCCAAUAAUUUUGUAAACUGGAAAAACUGCUGUGGGCACCACACACGAGAGAGUGAAGGACCUGUCAGCUUUGGUUCUCUCGGUUUCUCAUUUUUGAAUUCUCCACAUUUCUGCAGCAACUUGCAAUUAAAACAAAAAGAUCCUCAUGAAAAUUCUUAAGUGUUUUCUUAAGAAUUUAUCACAUUAAACACAUUUUUGUAUGCAGUUUUGAUCAAUGUAUACAUUUUUGCAAGCAUUUUCUUCUAAUAUAAUGCGUUUUUUUCAUGCUGUUUUCACUAAUAAUGUUACAUUUUAUGCACAUUUCUCCCCGAUAUAUGCAUUUUUGUAAACAUUUGUUGGGGAACUGCAUCACAACAUUUGGAUACAUGCAUGGCUGUGUUUUGGUUCUCAUAUUGUUUCGGAGAGUGCAAAUUUGAUCAAUUGAGCUUUAAAUGUAAACUGAAUAAAAUCCCCCCCCCAUCCCUACUACACACACACACACACAGCUCAACCUAUUAUUUUGGCAGGCUACAAUACAAUGCUUCUUUCAAGCCUAAUUUCAGUGAGGGGUGGGGAGGAAUGGGGCCCUAUGAGCACCGGGAAAAGCCUGCACAGGUACCUGCAGCAUAGCUGUCAACUUCCAGAUUGGAAAAUAAGGGAUCAGCAGCGGCGCGGCACCGGAAGUCACUUCUGCACAUGUCCAGACAUGUGCAGAAGCGACUUCCGGUGCCGGCUCUGCCCGAUUUCCGGUGCCCAUGUCUGCAUGUCUGGGCACCAGAAAUCACUUCUGCGCAUGCCCGGGCAUGCACAGAGGUGAUUUCCGGCAUCACUCGGCAAGCCAAGUGAGCGAGCAGCCAGCCGGGAGCCGGGACAUUUAUGCAGCUGAGGAGCCUUCCUGGCCAACAGAAGCUGCUUUCUUACAAAUCCGGGGGAUUUACGGGGUAUUUUGCAAUUCGGGAUAACAGCGGGAAACGGAUUUAAAUACGGGGGUUUCCUGCGAAAAACGGUCUCCAUUAGGAAUAGCGAUGGGUGAGUUACACUCAGCUCAGACCUUGCUUGGUAAUCAUGACUUCCCAGUGAGCAUUCAGAAGCUCGCCUGAUUUCUCAGAGCUCUCGGCUAGCUCAUGUUGGUGCGGUCUUUUUAGAUUGCUUUCGCUUUAGUUAUUGUUGACACUGUAUUUUUCAGUGAGUUUUUAUUGUCCCCUAAAAAUGCCUCCUAUUUUUAGUUCAAGUACUGGAUGCUAAUCCUGACUUAUCUUUCAAAUGUUUAAG